AUGGUAAGAGGAUAUUCAUUAAGUCAAGAUUUAAAAUUGCUAGUAAAUAAUCCAAAGUAUAGUGAUAUAGAAAUAUUAUGUAAGGAUGAAACAAAAUUAUAUGGUUGUAGAGCAAUUUUAGCAUCAAGGUCUGAAGUACUUGAAGGACUACUUUAUAAUGGGAUGAAGGAGAGUUUCGAAAGACAAAUUUCUUUUCCAACGAUCAAUUCUUCUGGAAUGAUAAUUAUAUUAGAAUAUAUUUAUGUUGGGUCAAUUAAAAUAAAUUCUUUGACUAAAGAUAAUAUAAUUGAAGCUUAUUAUGCUGCAGAUUAUUUUCAAUUAUUGGACCUACAGGAAUUUAUAAUGAAAACCAUUAAAAAUUUUUUUAAAAAUAAUUUCACGAAAAAUUAUUCACCAGAAUUAUUAUCUAAAGUUGUAGAAAUUAUGCCUUUAUCAGAGGAUAAUACUCUUCUUAACUUAUUAAUCAAAGAAAUAGCAACUAUUUUAUUAUCUGAUAUUGAAAUUGGUCGAUUAUCUAUUACAGCUCUUCAAUAUCUUUUAUUUUAUACAAAUGAAAAAGAUAUACCUUUUGCAACACCAGAGUAUGAAGUUUUUCGAUAUAGUGCUAUUUUUGCAGCUAAAAAUGUUUCUGAUGUAACAUAUAAAACUCUAAUGGAAAAAUUACCAACUUUAGAGCAAAUUGAUAACUUGAUUCAAAUAGAAAAUAAACUUAUUACAGAUCAUCAAAAAGUUGCUAAAGAAUUGGAAUCUUUGAUCGAAUAUAUUGAUUUCAGACGAAUCAAAAGAAGUCAAUUUGAUUUCAUUGAACCGUUAAAAAUUAUUCCAGCUGAAAUAAUUCAACACAAUUCAGAAUUAAUUAAUUCAGAUUUAGAUAAUAUUCGAGGAAUACCAAUUUAUAGAAUUAAAGAAUCUGAACUUUUUUGGGAUAAGUCAGCAUGUGGAUCAGGUCUUAUUAUCGAGAAUAAUGGAAAAGUUGUACAAGCGUCUCGCUUUAUUAACCACCAAAGUGUGAGAGGUACAAUAGCAUUUGAAAAUAAGGGCAUUUUUGAAUGGGAUAUUAUUAUUGAGAAGAAUUGUUCAUGGUCUUGGGUUGGAGUAUGUGCAACUGAUGACUUUUAUUACGAAUCCUUUGCAGGAUCUCAAGCUACUGGUUGGGUAUUGGGUUCCGGUGGUAAUUGUAGUUCAGUUAGUGGAUUUUAUUAUUGUCCGUCAUUUCACGAAGAUGGUGCAAAAAUUACUGUUCAUUUAGAUAUGAAUGAAAGAACUUGCGCUUUUACAGUCAAUGGUACAAAGUAUCUUGAAGUAUUAGAAUGGAAUAAUUUACCAUCAAAACUUUAUCCGGUAGUAUCAUUAUGUUAUCCUGGUCGUUUUCGAAUUCAAUCUCAUCAAAAAAAUGAAAAUAUUUAA